AUGACACUCGGAGCUCUGGUGUUCUUCGCUGCUGUAUUGGCUGUGAUUUGCGAUGCCAGGAGUCUGAAUGAAACGCUGUUCAGAUCGUCUGCAAUGGAGAUCAAUGUGAUCAAUGCUAGCGAGUGGCAGACCGGAAGGGGAACUUGCGGGUGCCUGUGGGUAAGGUGUGUCAAUGACACGAUUUGCCGAGAGGAGCCCACGACUGUGGUGGUGGUGACUGACGAAUGCCCAGAGUGUCCCGCGGACCAGCUAGACUUCAGCGGCACAGCGUUUGAGAGCCUCGCAAUAGAAGGUCAAGGUGACGCUCUUCGAGCCAGGGGCAUCAUUUCAAUCGAGUAUAGACGGAAGUCUUGCGACUUUGCAGCCAACAUCACCUUCGAAGUUGUGCCCGGAUCAAACGAGUUUUGGAUCGCGUUCGUGGUGAAGUACGUGCCAGGAUACGGGGCGCUUCAAAGCGUGGAAGUCCAGAGCAGUGGAAGCAACACUUGGGAGAACGCCGCUCACCUGUGGGGAGCGGUGUGGCAAAUCGAUGGCCCUUUGACAACUCCAACUUCGGUGAGGGUGACGACCGUGGGUGGCGAAGUUGCCACUUGUGUUCUAACCGGGAUCACGAGCUGGUCGCCUGGGGAAACUUCUACUUGCGGUGAAAGUUGA